GCAGACAAAACAAGAGGAUGAAAGGGCAGCGCUUUCUUAAAUAAGAAAUCGAAGAGUGAGAGAAACAGAGCUGCUGGUAUUUGGGACAAAAAGCGAAGGCGACAAGAACAGAGGCAGUGCGAGCAAGAGAGGUGUUUGAAGCCAGGCGUCAACGGAAAAAGCAACUUCGCGUGUCGGGACGAGAAGGGAGACUUCUGGAAGGGUAUCUAAAACGGGAAGAGGUUUUGAAUGCUUAAUAGGGGAGAAUAGCCAGAAAGAAGGAAAUGAGAGUGGGAGUCUCUGGCUUUUGGAGCUCGUAGGGUAUAAAACUGCGAAAACUUUAAUUCGUUCUGUGGGGCAAAGCAAAAAAAUAUCCAUGAAGCUGUUUGAUGAUGAUGAUGGGCAAAAUGAAGAUAUAUCAAAGAUUGAAAUAGACAAGGAGUAUGCUUGCAAGUUUGAGCACAACAAGAAGCGCGAGGAUCUUCAGCGGUAUGAAGAGCUCAAGAAGAAAGGCCUCAUUGAAGAAUCUGAAGAAUCUGAUGAUGAAUCUGAGGAGUCAGAGUCUGAAGAAGACAACAACAGGACCAUCAUGUCGAAGCAGAAAGACUUGGAGUUCUUCAGCGCUUUGAUCAAGGUCCGGAACCAAGACCCAUCCCUUAAGAAGAAAGACAUCAAGCUAUUCGAAUCUGAUGAGAGCGAGGGUGAGAGCGAAAAUGAGGAAGAUGACGCAAAAAGAGAAAAGGGCAAAAAGAAGGCCAUGUAUUUGAAAGAUGUGGUAGCCAAGCAUUUAAUUGAAGAGGGACCUGAAUUUAAGGAUGAGGAAGAACAUCUGAAUGGAAAAGAGGAGAGGAAAAAGACUUAUGAUGAGGAGCAGGAGGAGUUGAGGAAGGCAUUUCUUGAUGCAGCAGAGGUGGCUGAGGAUAAUGACCAAAGUGAUUUCUUGACAUUAAAAGCAAAUCAUCAAAAGUUUGAUGAUGGUGAUAACCAGGCCUUCGUCAAUAAGUUGGAUGAGUACUUUGGUAGGGAUGGAGAGUUAGAUGAAAGUAACGUGUUCUUGAAGGAGUUUUUUAUGAAUAAAAUGUGGGUAGAUAAGGGAAAUAAA